CAGCACAUCUCUUUUUAGUGUAGUUUUGAGUGCUUCACUGUCCCCCUGGCUGACUAAUUCGGUGCAUCUUCUUCUAGAAGAGUUGAUUGUGAGAUCGCAGGUCGAGAGGAUGACAGCUCGAGUGUACUGCUCAUUGAGUGUUGUUUUAUUGUGUCUGUUUGCAUGUUUGAGCACAAACCACGCUGGAGUCAUAGCAAAGCCUCCAGUGAAGUCUGUGGCCGAACCAGCAAAUCCUGCAGUAUGUGCUGAAAACUCUCACAAAACUCACCCUGUUGCCCAAUGUUCUGGCCCUAAAGGGAGUCAACCAGAGCCUGUGGUGAUGCCCGCAGCUGAACCAGCAAAGCCUCCAGUGAAGCCUGCGGCCGAACCAGCAAAGCCUGCAGUAUGUGCUGAAAACUGUCAAACUCACCCUGAUGCCCAAUGUUCUGGCCCUAAAGGGAGUCAACCCGAGCCUGUCGUGAUGCCCGCAGCUGAGCCAGCAAAGCCUCCAGUGAAGCCUGCGGCCGAACCAGCAAAGCAUGCAGUAUGUGCUGAAAACUGUCAAACUCACCCUGAUGCCCAAUGUUCUGGCCCUAAAGGGAGUCAACCAGAGCCUGUAGUGAUGCCCGCAGCUGAGCCAGCAAAGCCUCCAGUGAAGCCUGUGGCCGAACCAGCAAAGCCUGCAGUAUGUGCUGAAAACUGUCAAACUCACCCUGAUGCCCAAUGUUCUGGCCCUAAAGGGAGUCAACCAGAGCCUGUAGUGAUGCCCGCAGCUGAACCAGCAAAGCCUCCAGUGAAGCCUGUGGCCGAACCAGCAAAGCCUGCAGUAUGUGCUGAAAACUGUCAAACUCACCCUGAUGCCCAAUGUUCUGGCCCUAAAGGGAGUCAACCAGAGCCUGUAGUGAUGCCCGCAGCUGAGCCAGCAAAGCCUCCAGUGAAGCCUGUGGCCGAACCAGCAAAGCCUGCAGUAUGUGCUGAAAACUGUCAAACUCACCCUGAUGCCCAAUGUUCUGGCCCUAAAGGGAGUCAACCAGAGCCUGUAGUGAUGCCCGCAGCUGAGCCAGCAAAGCCUCCAGUGAAGCCUGUGGCCGAACCAGCAAAGCCUGCAGUAUGUGCUGAAAACUCUCACAAGACUCACCCUGAUGCCCAAUGUUCUGGCCCUAAAGGGAGUCAACCAGAGCCUGUAGUGAUGCCCGCAGCUGAACCAGCAAAGCCUCCAGUGAAGCCUGUGGCUGAACCAGCAAAGCCUGCAGUAUGUGCUGAAAACUGUCAAACUCACCCUAAUGCCCAAUAUCCUGGUUCUAAGGGGGGGGUCCUCCUGGCCAUGAAGUAAGCCAUGCAUGCAGUUAACAGUGUUUUUUAUGAUUGUUUUCCCUGUUUAAAAAAAAAUAAAAAAUGGAAAUCAA